AUGGUCUGGCUGAGUGCUAGCUUCAAAGGAGUGGUACCCUUAGUCAUCGUUAAUCAAGGUGCAAUGGGCCAUGUUGAAUAUAUCCAGAAUGCUCUUCCAGUAGCACGAAAAUAUGGAAAUGAGACCUUUGGCGAAUGCUGGACAUUUCAACGAGACGGUGCGAAACCUCAUGCCCAUCGCCUAACGCAAAAAUGGUGUCUCGAUAAGUUUUCAUCGUUCACGGAUGAAAAUGAUUGGCCACCGAAUAGUACAGAUCUAAAUCCGUUGGACUAUUCUAUAUGGGACGAAUUUGGACACGCCAUCAACUGGGAUAAAGUAUCAUCGAAAGGCAUACUUAUUCAAAAAUUGAAGCAAGCAGUCAGAAAAAUUCGACACAAGGUCGUUUUAGAAUUUUAUUCAUCUUGGACUGUUCGUUUGAAGCGUAUCUUAGAAAAUGAUGGAUGUUUAGUUAUUUAG